CACAGAGGCAGGGAGGGAGACAACAGAGCCAUUUUGACCGCUCCGGAGCGAGCGGAGAGAACUCACCGGAGCCCGACCACCUUCCUUCCUCGGCGGCAGGGCAGGACAGAGCAGGGCGGGCUGGGGCUGUAGGCGCAGGACGAACCUCAACACCUCAUGGAGAGGAGCGGCUGUUAGCGGCGGCAGCAGCGGCGGAGAACCUGGAGGAGACCGGGGGAGGUGGAGGCAGCUGCGGGGCUGGACACUGAAAACAGACGGCGGCACCACAGACACAGACUCGCUGCGGUUCACGGUAGCGGAGACCUGCAGGCCGACAUCAGGGCUCUAAAGAAGGCACCCCGGGUGCUAGGAAGACAGCACCAUGGCAGCGGCCUCUGUGAAGGUGGCGGUGCGUGUCCGCCCUUUCAAUUCAAGGGAGAUCGGAAAGGACAGCAAAUGCAUCAUUCAGAUGUCUGGAAACACCACCACCAUUGUCAACCCCAAGCAGGCCAAAGACAACAAGAGCUUCAACUUUGAUUACUCCUACUGGUCCCACACAACGCCCGAGGACGUCAAUUAUGCCUCUCAGGUGCAAGUGUACAAAGACAUUGGGGAGGAAAUGUUGCUGCACGCCUUCGAGGGUUACAACGUCUGCAUCUUUGCAUACGGUCAGACGGGUGCUGGCAAGUCCUACACCAUGAUGGGGAAACAGGAUGUCAAGGAUCAACAAGGAAUAAUUCCUCUGCUGUGUGAAGAUCUUUUCAAUAAGAUCAAUUACAAUACAGACAACAGCAUGUCUUACUCUGUGGAGGUGAGCUACAUGGAAAUCUACUGUGAGCGUGUGCGAGACCUGCUGAACCCAAAAAACAAAGGGCACCUGCGUGUAAGAGAGCAUCCUCUGAUGGGACCCUACGUUGAGGACCUGUCCAAGCUGGCUGUCACCUCCUACAACGACAUCCAGGACCUGAUGGACUCCGGCAACAAAGCCAGGACUGUGGCAGCCACCAACAUGAACGAGACAAGCAGCCGCUCUCACGCCGUCUUCAACAUCAUCUUCACUCAGAAACGCCUCGAUGCUGGGACGGACAACACCUCUGAGAAGGUCAGCAAAAUAAGUUUGGUGGAUUUGGCUGGCAGUGAGAGAGCAGAUUCUACUGGAGCCAAAGGGACGAGGCUGAAGGAAGGAGCAAAUAUCAACAAAUCUCUCACUACACUGGGGAAAGUCAUCUCUGCUUUGGCAGAAGUGGACUCUGGGCCAAAUAAGAAUAAAAAGAAGAAAAAAGUGGAAAGCUUCAUCCCCUACAGAGAUUCAGUUUUGACUUGGCUGCUGAGAGAAAACUUAGGGGGUAAUUCUCGUACUGCUAUGGUCGCUGCUCUGAGUCCGGCUGACAUCAACUACGACGAGACACUCAGCACACUCAGGUACGCAGACCGCGCCAAACAGAUUCGCUGCAACGCCGUCAUCAAUGAGGAUCCCAACAACAGAUUGGUGCGCGAGCUGAAGGAGGAGGUGUCUCGUCUGAAAGAUCUCCUCUAUGCCCAGGGCCUGGGUGACAUCAUUGAAACAUAUCGAAGUUCUGGUCCUGAGAUAGAGGGUUUGAAAUGCCUAUCCGAUUACAAGAACAAUAACAAUAAAGCCCCUGCUGUGAAUCAAAGGGAUGAUCUCUCCACAGUGACCAAUGCCAUGACGGGGAUGAGUCCCUCUCCGUCUCUCUCAGCCUUGUCCAGCCGUGCUGGAUCCAUUGCCAGUCUGCACGACCGCAUCAUGUUCAGUCCAGGCAGCGAGGAAGCCAUUGAGAGGCUGAAGGAAACUGAGAAAAUCAUUGCUGAACUCAAUGUAACUUGGGAAGAGAAACUUCGCCGAACAGAGGCCAUCAGAAUGGAAAGAGAAGCCUUGUUGGCAGAAAUGGGUGUGGCAAUGCGAGAAGAUGGCGGAACAGUUGGUGUGUUCUCCCCUAAGAAGACGCCUCAUUUGGUGAACCUCAAUGAGGAUCCUCUGAUGUCUGAGUGUCUGCUGUACUACAUUAAAGACGGGAUCACCAGGGUUGGGCGUUUAGACGCCAGCAGUCGUCAGGAUAUCGUCCUCAGUGGCCACUUCAUCAAGGAUGAGCACUGCACUUUCACCAGUUCUGCUGGUCCAACGGGAGAAACAGUGGUUGUCCUCGAGCCCUGUGAAGGAGCUGAGACUUAUGUCAACGGAAAGAGAGUGACCGAGCCCACUGUCCUCAUAUCAGGAAAUCGCAUCAUCCUUGGGAAGAGCCAUGUGUUCCGGUUCAACCACCCAGUGCAGGCUCGGGCUGAGAGGGAGAGGACCCCUUGUGCUGAAACGCCUGCUGAGCCCGUGGACUGGGCCUUUGCCCAGAGGGAGCUGCUGGACAAACAGGGCAUUGACAUGAAACAGGAGAUGGAACAAAGGCUGCAGGAGUUGGAGGAUCAGUAUCGCAAGGAAAGAGAGGAGGCCAACAACCUUCUGGAACAGCAAAGACUGGAUUAUGAGAGCAAGUUGGAAGCUCUUCAGAAGCAAGUGGACCGUUAUUACCCAGAGGCUACUGAAGAGGAGGAGGAGCUAGAGGAAGAAGUGCAAUGGACGGAGAGGGAGAGAGAGAGAGCUGUGUGGAGCUUUCGUAAGUGGAGGUGCUACCAGUUCACCUCUCUGCGUGACCUGUUAUGGGGAAAUGCUAUCUUCCUUAAGGAGGCCAACGCCAUCAGUGUGGAACUCAAGAAGAAGGUCCAGUUCCAGUUUGUGCUGUUGACUGACACUCUCUACUCCCCCCUGCCUCCUGACCUGUUGCCCCCAGAGGCAACUAAAGUAAGAGAUAAGCGACACUUCCCGCGCACCAUUGUGGCUGUGGAGGUGCAGGAUCAAAAGAAUGGAGCCACCCACUAUUGGACAUUAGAAAAACUAAGGCAGAGGCUUGAUCUCAUGAGAGAGAUGUACGACCGUGCUGCUGAUGUGCCCAACAACACCAUUGAGGACUCUGAAAACGUGAUGACUGGAGGCGACCCCUUUUAUGACCGCUUCCCCUGGUUCCGUCUGGUCGGCAGUUCCCAUGUCUCUGGCCGCACCAGAAACCCUAUUUUCAACACGUGCAUGAGCAAGCGCAUGAGUGACCCCACCCCAUCCCCGACCCUCUCCACCUCUGAAAUUACUGAGAUGGCUGACUCGCAGCGGGAGGGUCGAGGGGAGGAGGAUGAUGAUGAUGAUGAUGAUGAUGAUGAUGGUGAUGAUGAUGAUGAUGAUGAUGAUGAUGAGGGAGAGCUCUGCCGAGGCUCCAGCGAAGGCCAGGAUCCCUUUUACGACCGCUCACCAUUAUUCAGUGUAGUGGGAAGGGCGUUUGUCUAUCUGAGUAACCUGCUGUACCCAGUUCCACUCGUGCACCGCGUGGCCAUCGUGAGUGAGAAGGGAGAGGUAAAGGGCUUCCUCCGGGUGGCAGUGCAGGCCAUAUCAGCGGAUGAGGAAGCUCCUGACUACGGCUCAGGAGUGAGGCAGUCAGGCACUGCUAAAAUCUCAUUCGAGGAUCAGCAAUAUGAAAAGUUCCAGUCAGAAUCAUGUUCUGUUGGACUGUCCCGUACGGGAAUUUCACAGGAGGAGCUCCGUAUUGUGGAGGGUGAGGGACAGAACGCAGAAAUGGUACCUUCAGCUGAUGAGGUCAACAAUAACACAUCUGGAGGAGAGGAGCUGGAGAAUCCUCUGAAGGCCACUCUGGAUGGGCCACUAGAUGCUCUGGAGCAUCUCAGGAUUGGUAACAUUUUUACCUUCAGGGUGACCGUCCUGCAGGCGUCUAGCAUCUCUGCAGAAUAUGCUGACAUCUUCUGCCAGUUUAAUUUCAUCCACCGCCAUGAUGAGGCCUUCUCUACUGAACCCCUAAAAAACACUGGCCGCGGCCCUCCUCUAGGCUUCUACCAUGUGCAGAAUAUUGCUGUUGAAGUUACUAAAUCAUUUGUUGACUACAUCAAAACUCAGCCAAUUGUGUUUGAGGUGUUUGGACACUACCAGAAACAGCCUUUCCUUCCUCUCUGUAAAGACGUCAUCAGUCCAUUACGUCCCUGCAGAAGACAGUUUCCACGAGUGAUGCCUCUGUCCAAACCAGUACCUGCAACCAAACUGACAACCAUGACCCGCCCACAGGCAGGACCCUGCCACUGUAAAUAUGAUCUCAUGGUUUUCUUUGAGAUCUGUGAGCUGGAAGCCAAUGGAGACUACAUCCCUGCAGUUGUGGACCACAGAGGAGGAAUGCCCUGCCAUGGCACAUUCCUACUGCACCAGGGCCUCCAGAGGAGAAUCACUGUUACUAUUGUACAUGAAUCAGGAGGUGACAUGGAUUGGAAAGACGUCCGUGAGCUCGUUGUGGGACGUCUCCGCAGCACCCCUGAAGCUGAUGAGACCAUCAUUGACCCUAAUAUUCUCUCCCUCAACAUCUUGUCUACGGGGUAUGUCAGACCCAUGCAUGAGGACAGGACCUUCUAUCGUUUUGAAGCAGCUUGGGAUAGCUCCAUGCACAACUCUCUGCUCCUAAACAGAGUCACUCCAUACGGGGAGAAGAUCUACAUGACCCUCUCAGCCUAUCUGGAGAUGGAGAACUGCACCCAGCCCGCAGUCAUAACCAAAGAUAUCUGCAUGGUGUUUUACUCUCGAGACACAAAGCUCUCAGCCUCCCGCUCCAUCCGCAAUCUUUUCGGUACUGGAAGCCUGAGAGCAGCCGAUGGAAACCGAGUUACGGGAGUGUACGAGGUCAGCUUAUGUAACCUAGCAGAUGCAGGAAGCCCAGGUAUGCAGAGGAGACGCAGGCGGGUGCUGGACACCUCAGUGGCCUACGUCCGUGGGGAGGAGAACUUGGCUGGGUGGAGGCCUCGGAGUGACAGCCUCAUUCUGGACCACCAGUGGGAGCUGGAGAAACUCAGCCUCCUUCAAGAUGUUGAGAGGACCAAACAUUACCUGCUGUUAAGAGAGAAGCUGGAGUCCACCCUGCUCAUGGGUCAGGAGUCCCUGCAGGCCUGUAUCCCUGAGGAGCUGAGCGAGGUUCCUCAGCCCCUCGAGGUCUAUCCAGAGGUCAGCUCUGGCUCUGACUUCGCCACGGAGAGGCAGAGGGAGCUUGCCGCCAAGUGCUUGCGGCUGCUCACACACUCCUUCAACAGAGAGUACGGCCACGUGUGUGUCAGUGCCAGUGAAAGCAGGAUCUCUGAGAUGUCGGUCACAACACUCAGAGACUCCACUUCAAUCUCUGCUCUCAACACAAUCACACCCUCCUCAACGUGCCCUUCACUGGUGGAGGGUUGCUAUGGCACCACUGAACUCAGACCACCCAUGCCUCGCUCUCGUGCCGUCAGCCCCGGUCCUGACGCACAGCAGGAUCCAGAGGCCAAGAAGUCCAACAAUGGAGCCCCUGAAGCAAAGCCCCGCAGCCACAAAUUUGUCCCUGACAUCCAGGAGAUCAGAGUCAGCCCCAUCGUGUCAAAGAAGGGUUACAUACAUUUCUUGGAGCCACACACCAACGGAUGGGUGAAGCGUUACGUUGUGGUGCGGCGGCCGUACGUUUAUAUCUACAACACAGAGAGAGACACAGUGGAGCGUGCUAUUCUCAAUCUCUCCUCUGCCCAAGUGGAGUACAGUGAGGACCAGCAGGCGAUGCUGAAGACACCAAACACAUUUGCUGUGUGCACAGAACAUCGUGGAAUAUUACUUCAAGCGACGAAUGACAAAGAGAUGCAUGACUGGCUGUACGCAUUUAAUCCUCUCCUUGCUGGAACUAUCAGGUCAAAGCUGUCGAGAAGACGAGCCGGACAGAUGAGGAUGUGAAACAACACCCUGAAUAAAUAUCAUGAGAGAAGGUUGAUCGCAAAGACUUACAUGUAAAUAGAUCCACGUCCUGAUCGCCUCCCCCCUGUGCUGAGCCCUACCACCACCAUCACCACCACAGACAACCAUCUUCCCCCCUGUGCGUUCUCAGUUUAUCACUUGUGUCCUCUGCACCUAAAGCGUCCAUUUUCCUGUCGGGCCUUUUGCCGCAGUGUGAGUCUUGUAGUCUGGAGAACCUCUUCAAAAAGCUGUCACUAUACUUUACUGGAGUUUGUUCAUAGAGGGACGAAUGAAGAAAAUGGAGGAAGUAGCAACAGGUUUCUUAUCUCAGAUUACAUAUAUAUGGUAAUGUACUGUAGUUGUUGUCAGUGACACAUCAAGCCUUAUACAUUUAUUCCUUAAAAAAAAUGCAGUGACAUUUGUCUCAUCUGCAGCUGCUGCGGCAGUGAGGAUCACAUUGCUACAUUUGCAUCGGUAAAUAGGCAAACAUGCAGAUUCUUCUCUACUCUACUGCUAUAUAUAGUGUCGAAACAGGUUUGCAUACAACAUACAGCAAGGAAAUGCACAAAAAAAGACAAAAAUGACAGUUGAGUGCAACUCUUCUGAAUAUUUCUCUCUUCUUUCUGGUCUGUGAAUCCUGACUUUGAGUCAUCUGCCUCGUGUCGCUGAAAACUACAUAGAAACUUUAGCACACACAGCCUGGCGAGGGAAACGUCAUAUCAUCAUAAACUUCAUGUUCUUGUGGCAUUUUGAUAAAUCCGUGUUAUUUUAGCUACUUGUAGGAGCACUGUGGGUAUCUACAUUCACAUGUUAAGUAAUCAAAUAUCAUCCCAUUAAUCCUCCCAAACUUAAUCUCAUUCUCUACCUGGAUUUUUUUAUUUGUUUUUAAAUGUGAUAUAUUUAGAUAUUUAACAGCUUUAUUAUUUAUUUCUGCAUGUAUUUAUUUACAAAGACAUUUAUAUUUCUAAAGUAGUAGUACCGUGCAAUUUCUGCACACUGCACUUUUUAAUAUAAGUUCCUUAAAUGUUUGAAUAACUCAACCCUGUCCCCAAUGCAAUUAGUAUCAAUUCAAUAACGUUAUGAUUGGCCAGUUCCUUUACCUGAUUGAAUAAUGAUAGCAUCCCCUCUCAGAUUCUGAUAGUCACACCAACUAACACACAUCUGACCAGAUCAAUUUCAUAGGUAGAGAAUAUUAAGGUGGUCCAUUCGCUACUGCACAAACUACCUUGUUAAAAGAUCAGAAGUAUAAAGUGUUCCUCACGGUAAAGAAUCAUAAACUGUUUGAAUGAAAUGUACAGUCUACUGAUUAAAUGUAGUGCCUCUCUUAUCACUCAUACUGUAUGGGUGUACUGUACAGUAUGCCUCCGCAACAGUUGCUUUGAAACUACAUCCUUCAUGCUGCUAUAAUACUGUUCUGGAAGUGUCUGCAGAUAAUGACAUCACAUUUCUGCAUCGUCAUCAUCAUCGUCUCUUACAUCUUCAGACAAAUCGUGUCGCGUACUACAAUGUUCGAUUUCAAAUACGGCAAUCAGAUGCCAUGUGAUACGGAAUGUUCCACAACACACAGUAUGCUUACAUUUACAUUUUAAUCUACAUUUACAUUUAAAUCUAUGCUACAGUCUUUUAUGUAUCGUCAAAGAACACAUGCUGUCAUUUGUCAAACAAUCAGAUGCUGCUGCAAACUGCUAAACUCUUCCCUGUUUCUUUUUUCAACUCUGUCAGCUUAUCGUUUGAUGUCGUUUCAGUUGGAUGGGUGAGCGUGCCUCAGGUCAGCCAGCCUAGAGAGCAUGUUCCAUAAUGUUAAUGACAUGUCACUUACCUAUGAAGACAGCAUCUGGAAGCAUUUAACCCUUACAAUAAUACUAUUUUCUCUGUAUGUCAAAGUAAAUUGAAGUGUGGCAGUAAGCUCUAACCAUCUGUUUAUAUCAGUGAUUUGAAUAUAACACCAUAGUCUUAUAAAAGCAUAUCAUCUGAGAUUUGGAAGUAUUCUGUGUGUUGUGGACAUAUUUUCAAGUUAGCCAAUCAAACCGUGUUACAACCCAACAUGUGUGUACUACUGUCAGCCCUUAUAACGUAAUCAAACAGUCUGUUCAUAUCUUUUUAUUUGUUUUCGUGAUCAAUGUAGUGGUCACACACUUUCUUGGCAGAGAGUGCAGUCCUAGUUUAUCCAUCACACAUGCCUGCUGCACCGUACAUCAUCACUGUCUCAUGCACUCGUCUCUGUCCUAUUUCCUUUAAAACCUGAUCUGAAAAUGUCAGCUCCACUCUGAUCUCAAUGUUGAGAGUAUUCCUCUCGUUUUCAUCGCGCCUUUUUAAUGUGUAUCACAUUCGAGCCAACCAAAGUUUUGUUGGCACAGUCACAAACAAAAUCACACUGAAUGUACGUCAAUAUUUUAAAGAUGCUUAUUUUGCUGGAGUGGUUGUGUUGACUUGUGAUUCACAGUCUGGUUCCUUAUUGAUUGUAAGAGGGUGAUUAUCAGGGAACGAUACGGGGCAUAUCUGUAAUAUUUUAUCCACUGAUGUGUGGGAGGAUGUAAUUGGUUCAUCUUUGCCCUGUUAGGCAUCUUGUACAGAGUGAUGCUGUAGGUUACCUUCCUGUCAGUCUUUCACUCUUCUACCAUCACCGUCAUGCUCCGACAGCCUUCACAACAUCUACUUUUUCGAAUCCCUCCCUUUUGAAGGAAUAUCAUUUCAAAUUUUUGUGCUUCCACUUCUAAUUUUUUUUUCUCUCGCACUAUCAAAUGA